AUGUCAAGAUUAUUUCUUGCUAAUAAUAGAGUUUGGAAUAUUGUCCCAAAUGAUACUAUUGGUGUUGCAUUAUUUUCAUUUAAUGGUACAGAACCACAUCAAAUUUCAUUUUCAGUUGGUGAAGUAUUACAAAUUGAAGAGGAAUCAACCAAUUGGUAUAGAGGUAAAAUAGUAGGUUCAAAUUCAACAGCAAUCACAAUGACAACUGCAACAUCUCCAACUUUAACACCAACCAAUAAUAACAAUAACAAUAAUAAUAAUAAUAAUAAUAAUAAUAAUAAUAGUAAUAAUAAUAAUAAUACAAUUGUAAGAGGUAUAUUCCCAAAAUCAUAUGUUGCAAUUAAAAAUGUUCAAGAUUUUGAUAUAGUUACAAAUGAGUUAACUCAAGUUAUUAGAGAAUGGGGAGCAUUAUUGAUGAAAUAUUAUAAAGAGAGAAAGAUAAAUGAGUAUAAGGUGAUGAAAGAUCGUUUAUCGUUAUUGAUUGAAUGGCAUUCAAAGAUUGUAUCAUCGACUACUCAACCACAGGAAGUACGUGAAAUUAAGGGUAAAGUAAUUAGUAAAAUUGAGGAAGGUCGUAGAUUAAUGGGUUUGGAUAUGAUUGUUAGAACACCAAAUAGUGAACCAGCUCAUGAAAAUAAUACAGGUAUAAUUCAACUCUAUAGAAUGCAUCACGAAUUGGAUACUUUAAAAUAUUCGAAAUUUACACAACAACAAAUUACACAAGCUUCUUCAAUUUUACCAUCAUCAUCAUCAUCAUCAUCAUCAAUAGCAUCAUCAUCAAUUUCAUCAUCAGUAUCAUCAUCAUCAACAACCUCACCAUUUUCAUCAUCAUUAUCUUCGAAUUAUUAUAAUAUUAAUAAUAAUGUAAUUUUACAAUCAUCAACAUCAUCAAAUUCAUUAGGUGGUGGGGGCGGUGGAGGCGGUGGUGGUGGUUGUACAAUGUUAUCAUCAUCUAGUGCAUCAAUAUCAAAUAUAUUAAGCAAUCAAUCAGGUAGUAGUGCAAGUGGAGCUGGUAGUGCAUCAAUGAUGCCAACAUUAAAUCAUUCAUUAUCAGGUAAUUCAUUAGCUUCAUUAAUGUCAAAUGGUCAAUCAUUAUCAGCAUCAUCACCAUCGAAUGCAUUAAAGAAAUCAACACCAUUUCAAACUGUUAAGAAUGGAUCAGUUGGUAGGAAAUCACUUUCAAGGACAAAUACAGGCGAUGGAUUUGUUUCCUCAUCAAUUUCAGCAGGUAGUGGUGGUUCAAAUUCAUUAGGACCCAAUAAUAGUAAUAAUAGUAAUAGUAAUAAUAAUAGUAGUGGUAUAAAUAAUAAUUAUCAACCAAAUCAAAUAUUUUUAGAUUUAAGAGUAUUUAUGUGUGCAGUUGGUGAAGAGACUGAAUUAUAUUUUUCAAUUUAUAAUAAAAAUGAAGGUAAAUUCAUAUCGGAAGAAUAUCAAGUUGGUUUAACACAAUUAGGUAUGCCACAUGAUAUUGAUAAGAUUGGUAAAUUGUCAACAUUGUUUUUAGAUAUUUCAAAGAAGGAAAUGCAAGUAGAGCUAUAUUUAGUGGUAAGAUUAAUUAGAAAGGGUAAAAUGUUGGUAGAUUCAAAUAAGAAAGCUGGCGUUGUUCAAUAUCGUAGACCAUUUGGUGUAUCAGUGUUGAGAUUAACCGAUGAUAAGAUAGCGGUUGGUAAAGAGAUUGAGAGUAUAAUGACCAUUUAUACAAGUAGUUCACAAGAGACAACAUUUUCAUUACUACAUGAAGUUGCCAUUAAGAAUCCAUCAUCACUACAAAGUGUACCAAAAGCAAAGGGUAUUUGUGUUGCAUUAACCCUAUUGCCCGGCGACUUAAACAGUGUGUUAACUGAAAAUCCAGUGUUAAAAGAUGUACAAAGAACAAAUAAAUUAGGUUUCCCAGAGGUUAUUUUCCCAGGUGCCGUUAGAAAUGAUAUUUUCAUUACAUUGGAAACUGGUGAAUAUUCACAAGAUCGUAAAACCUCGGCAAAGAAUGUUGAAGUGUUGGUUCAAGUUCGUACCGAGGAGGGUGAGUUAUUAACCAAUGCCCUCUUCUAUGGUGAUAGAUUAAAGUCAGAGUAUAAAUCAAUGGUAUACUAUCACACUAACCAGCCACAUUGGUCAGAGACAUUCAGAAUUAAUUUACCCAUUACAAUGAUUGACAAGGCGUAUUUGGUCUUCUCAAUUAGACAUUGCACAACCUCUGAAAAUAAAGAGAGAGCCCCGUUCGCAAUGUCCUAUUUGAAAUUAACAAAUCCUGAUGGUACCGUGAUAGCCAAUAAAACUCACUCCAUCUCAUCUUGGAAAACCAGUAAAACUAUGGAAGAGUUUUUACCAUCUCUAAAAGACCCAAACAAUAAGAAUGCAAUUCGUAAAGGUGAAGUCACAAAAGUUAAAGUGUUACUAUGCUCAACUAUGCUAACUCAAAAUCUAUCAUUAUUAACCCUGUUGAAAUGGAAUCAAUACAAUGGUGAUUUAGGUGAUGUAGUCACAAAGAUGGAUGUUGAAACCAUUCUUAGAAAUAUCACAUAUGUCGAUCAAAUUGAAAUCAUUAAAUUUAUGCAAGAAACUUUUAAUGCCCUAUUCAGUAUUUUAGAUACUAAAAUAUCAGAUCCUGAUUUAGUUUUCAAUGCAAUCACAUGGAUCAUUGGUUUAUUGGUUGAUGAAAAAACUUCAAGAUAUACAAAUUUUCGUCCAGUUUUAGAUGUUUACAUUGAAAAUCAUUUUAAAUCAACAGUUUCUCAUAUUCAUUUAAUUGGUGCUUUAAAAAGAAUUUUAGCAAAUGAUUCAUUUAAAACUUUAAUGACAACUUUAAAAUCAAUGGAAUAUAUUUUAAAAUUUAUUGUAACUUCUAAAAAGAAUUUUGAUAAAUUUAAUGGUAUACCAACAACAACAAAUGAUAAUAAUACUAAUGAUAAUACUACUACAACUACUACAACUACAACUACAACUACUUCAACUACUACAACUACUACUAAACCAACAACUACAACAAUAUCAUCAACAAAUGAUUCAUUUAAACAUGAUUUAACAAGUGUAUUUUCAGCAUUAAGUACAUUAAUGAAACGUACUGAAGGUAAUUAUAUUGGUGCACAAACUACAGCAUUGAAAAUCUUUAAUUCAAUGUUUAAUGAUUUAGGUCAAUUAUUUUCAAUUGAAGAACGUUGUACUAUUGCUCAAAACUUUGUUGAUUCAGUUAGAUAUGAUGAAAAUUUCAAAUUAUUAAAUAUGGAAAAGAUGAAUGUAAUUUCAAAUUUGGUUGAAGGUGAUUUAUUCAUUGAUGGUAGUUCAAGAAAGAUAUUGGUUGCAACAGUCAAGAGACAUUUGAAAAUACAUAUGGGCUCAAAUAGUUGUUCAGUAGAGGAUACAACAAAACAUGCACAAAUCAUUGCAAUAAUGAUUGAGCAAAUUCAAGUGAAAAUUAAAGAUACCUCUUUGAUUUGGGAAUUGGUCGAUUUAUUACCAGAGAUAAUGAGAGCAAUUAUCAUUAGUCCAUGGAAUGAUUUCUCAAAACUCGAUAUGAUUCAUAAUCUCUAUAGUAUUUUCUACUUGAUGGAACCAACCCAUUAUGACAAUUACAUUGAAAAAACAUUGGGUACCGAAGGAAAUCAGUGCUGGCAUUUCAUUACAAAUCUAUUGCAAUUAAUCAAUCAAUUACUAUCGACCGGUUCAACUUAUCCAGAGAAUUGGUUAACAUUAUCAAUGUUUCAAUAUUCUACAGUGAAGAAAGUUAUCACUCAAAUUAGUAAAUAUAUUUUAGAGAAAUUGAAAAUUGUAAACCAUCAAAAGAAUGAUGAUUGGACUGAUAUUGAUUUACAAUUGUGGUCGUCUUUCUUUUCAUUGUCAACCACUUAUUUCAAAUUGAAGGGUUUAAAUUUCUCAGAGACAAAACAAAACUCAAUUAAAUCGCGUUAUGGUGAUAUGAGAAAUGAUUUAAUUCCAACCAUUCAACAAAUGUGGCAAUCAUUGGACAGACACCAAAUUAAACUCUUACCAACUGUGAUUUCACCAUUCUUAGAGUUAAUGCUAAUCAAUCAUGCAAAUAUCAAGAGAUUGGGUAUCGAUUUAUAUUAUCAACUUUUGAAAUGUGAAUUUAAAGAAUAUAAAUCAUUCAUCAAGGUUGAAACUGAAACUAUCAAUACUUUGGAUAUCAUUACCAAUAGUCCAGAGGGUUCAGAGAUAUUGGAUGAGAAAUUCCGUAGAUUCUUCUCACAAAAUCUUCAAGAGAAAAUGUCUGCCGAUCCAUUGGUUGGUGAACAAAGUAAGAUUUUCAUUAGGGAUAUGACCAUUUUCUUAGAGUUAUUAUAUCAACUUAGAACCUUACCAGAUCGUCCAGAAUUUGAAGAUGAUAGAACCAUUGCAUGUAUGAAACUUAUGAGCUAUCUAAAACAAACCGAUCGUCAAGAUACCUAUACAAAAUAUGUUCAUCUAUUAUGUAAUCAACAUAUUUCAAAUGGCAAUUACGUUGAGGCUGGUAAUACUCUAUUGUUACAUGCUGAUCUAUUGGAAUGGUCUGAUGAACCAUUGGAAGAGUAUGGUGAAUUUAGACAACAAACUAAACGUGAACGUAAAGAAAGACUAUUUAAACAAGCAAUUGAAUACUUUGAUAAAGGUAAAGGUUGGGAAUCCGCUGUCUCUUUGAUGAAACAAUUAAUCAUUCAAUAUGAAGAGAUUCAAUUGGACUAUCAAAAAUUGGCUGAUAUCCUUCAACAAGAAUCAACUUUCUAUAGGAAAAUCAUCAAUGUUGAAAGAUUCUUUUCUGAAUAUUUCAGAGUUGGUUACUAUGGUAAAGGUUUUGAUUCAAAUAUUCAAGGAAAAGAAUUCAUUUACAAAGGUUAUGAACUUGAAAGAAUGUCUGAUUUCGUUCAAAGAAUUCAAACUAAAUUCCCUACUGCAAAAUUAUUAACCUAUACUGAAUUACCACCAAUUGAAAUUUUAGAUUCAAAUCAACAAUAUCUUCAAAUUUUUAGUGUUAAACCAAUUUCAAAAGAACAAUUAUUAUUAUUAAAUCAAUCAUCAUCAACAACAAAUAUUAAUAAUAAUAAUAAUAAUAAUAAUAAUAAUAAUAAUAAUAAUAAUAAUAAUAAUAAUAAUAAUAAUAAUAAUAAUAAUAAUAAUAAUAAUAAUAAUAAUAAUAAUAAUAAUAAUAAUAAUAAUAAUAAUAAUAAUAAUAAUAAUAAUAAUAAUAAUAAUAAUAAUAAGAAACCAAUUUCACCAGCAUUACAAAAAUAUAGACAAAAUAAUAAUAUUAGUACAUUUGUUUAUUCAAAACCAUUUAAGAAGGUUAAAACUCAAAAAGGUGGAAAUGAAUUUAAGGAUCUUUGGAUUAUUAAUAAUUAUUAUGUAGUUGAUGAUUCAUUCCCAACAACUCAUCGUCGUUCAGAGAUUACAAAUCAUUUCGAGGUUGAAUUAUCACCAAUUGAAAAUGCUGUCAAUUCAAUAAUGGCAAAGAAUAUUGAAAUCGCUGAAAUGACAGGAAAACAUGAAAAUGGUAUUGACUCAAAUAUUUCACCAUUUACAAUGGUUUUGAAAGGUGUUAUCGAUGCUGCUGUCAAUGGUGGUGUUAAUUUAUAUAAAGAAGUAUUCUUCUCAAAAGAAUAUAUUCAAGAGAAUCCAGAUAAAAAACAAACUAUCGAUAAACUUAGAAAUGCACUUCAUCAUCAAGUUCAAGUUUUAGAAAAAGGUUUAUUUGUUCACUCCAAAGUUUGUUCAGUUGAUAUGAAUGGUUUACAAGAUCAAUUAAAUAUUAUGUUUACAAGAAUGAGAAAUGAAUUGGAACUAUAA